CCCCUGAUCCAUCCCUCUUCCCUAGCCCCAGGUCCACCGGCCCCCCCGGGCUACCUGUGCUCGCUCAGCACCACCACCCGCAGAGACUGCUAUAAGUACGUCAACGUCCAGGAGCCAGCCAUGGACAUGCGAUCCAUCACCGACCGGGCUGCCCAAACCCUGCUGUGGACAGAGCUUUUCCGAGGCCUGGCCAUGACACUGAGUUACCUUUUUCGGGAGCCAGCCACCAUCAACUACCCCUUUGAGAAGGGUCCUCUGAGCCCACGCUUCCGUGGGGAGCACGCCUUGCGCCGCUACCCCUCUGGGGAGGAGAGGUGCAUCGCCUGCAAGCUCUGUGAGGCUGUCUGCCCGGCACAGGCGAUCACCAUCGAAGCUGAACCCCGAGCUGACGGUAGCCGGCGCACCACCCGCUAUGACAUUGACAUGACCAAGUGCAUUUACUGCGGGUUCUGCCAGGAGGCCUGUCCCGUGGAUGCCAUCGUGGAGGGUCCCAACUUCGAGUUCUCGACAGAAACGCACGAGGAGCUGCUCUACAACAAGGAGAAGCUGCUCAAUAAUGGUGAUAAGUGGGAGGCUGAGAUCGCAGCCAACAUCCAGGCUGAUUACCUGUACCGGUGA